AUGCUCUGCAGGAUGCCCUCUGGUUUGUUAUGUGGCAUCCUGUUGGUGUGGAGUAGUACGGCAUACUGUACUGCUGAGUAUGAAAAGGGGAGGAGUACUGUGACGAAUCUGAGGAAAAGGCUACCUUCAAAACUGUCUUCGUCGAAGAUGAAGUACAUGGCGGCUGGGAAUGCAAUUGACACGAUUGGAGCGAUGUCGAGGAUCUUCCUCCAGUGUCGCUGGUUCUCGGUGUGUUGCUCUGUUCUGUGUGGCUCUGGAACGUGUGUGGUGUUCAUGCGGGGUAAAGGAGAAAUAUGGAUGAAAUGGAUAUAUUGA